CUGAGGUCGAUCGACUCCUGUCUCGCCCAAUCUCCAGUCCUUAUCGCAAGUUUCGGUCUGCCUGGCGUCUGACGUGACGUUUCGCGUGGUGUAACUACCAUCAGUCCCGGGUCCUUCCCACUUUUGAGUCUCCGUCGUCUUUGCAUUAAUUUCUCCUGCGCUGUCGCCUACUUGUACGUCGAUUCCGUCGCUCGAACGCCAACUGCCUCAAUUGGGGCCGAUAGUCCUUUGAUAUCCAUGCGCCUGGCAUAGAGCAGUCGCUGGUCGUCAGACGAGUGUCGGUCGUUUUUCCAGGAUGGAAAUUAUGCGGACAAUCCCUCGUGAUGAAUUUGUAUCUCCGCUGAGGGUACACUUCCCUUCCACGCUGGGACCUGCCGAACGUCAGAAGGAAACAUGCGACUUGUCAUAUGGCUGGCUGCAGAUAAAUGGUUUAAGUUCUAAGUGUCUCGGGUCCCGAAGAUACACCACCCGGAGUGGUGGUGAGCAUUACGGCAAAGUCCUCCAAGUGGUGGAACAUCAAAACAAGGAUACAAUAUUACGGCGAAAACUAGGUUACGAAUCAUCGCUGGCUCUGGAAGCUGACAUCCAUGCCUUCGAGCCCGAAGGCUAUGAUGCACCGCCGCCUACAUAUGACGAUGUGAUCAAAGAUCUACCUCCACAUUACGCCACGCUUGCUCCCUUAGCCCAGCGGAAGUGUCUUAUCCAGGACUCUGCGCCCGUGCCCCCACAGACUACAGAUGAGUCAAAGUCUAAGGGUGCAUCGCGACCAUUCGAUUUUUGGUCUGCAACGGGCAUUCGGGAAAGAGCAGGAAAGAAGAAAAAGAAGAAGGCGGCCGCGCAACCCCAGCGACAGAGCACCCCGCCGGCCGAGGAAGGUGGAGGCGACAAGGAAGAUGAGGGCGGCGAAGAUGAGCAGAACGGUGAUACCAGUGGAAAUGGAGGCGGCGAUUCUGGAGGUGGUGGUAAUGGAGAUGAUAAUGGCCAAGAUGGGAACGGCGACGGUAAUAAUGGAGAGGAUGACGACUGGGAUGCCUGGAAUACGACAAGCACGAAGAAGAGCAAGAAGAAGAAGAAACAGGAGGAAGAGGAAAAAUUGAAGGAAGAAGAAGAGCAACGAAAACGGGAAGAAGAGCAACGAAAACGGGAAGAAGAGGAACAGCAGGCCAGGGAAGAACAGGAGAGAUUGGCCAAAGAGGAGGAAGAACGGCUGGCCAAGGAAGAGGAGGAGAAGCGGGCUGCAGAAGAAGCCGCCGCCGCUGCCGCCGCUCCCCCCGACCUUAGCUGGGCAGAUGACACUAAUGCCAACGGUGACGAUAGCUGGGGUUUUGCCACAACAACCAGCAAGAAAAAGAAGAAGAAAGGCAAGGGCGCCGACCCUAGCCCGCCCGAACCGGCGUCCAACGGGUUCCAAGACAUAAGCUUGAACGACAGUGCGCCGCAACUAGACUUGGGUCUGCCUCCAGCAGCGCCAGGGACGGGCUUCAGCUUUGGGAGCUGGGGUCAAGAUUGGGGAUCUGGUGAUAAAUGGGGUCUUAACACCCUGAACGGCAUGAAAGACGACAAGCCAAAAGAUAAUAGUAACCCCUGGUCCUUCUCCGGCACCAACGGCAUGUCCAACGCCUCCGUUGGGUUCAGCUUUGGUGCGGACCUUGGAAGUACUCCAGCUGCCAACGGACCCCCUCCUGCCUCGGAAGAGAAGAAGGAGCCAGAAUUUGCUGAUGAUGACUGGAGCUGGGGGGCAACUACCAAGAAAGACAAGAAAAAGAAGAAGGCUGACGAGCCUCUUCUUGAAGAGCCCCCCGCCCCUGAACCUCCUGCCGCAGCCGAUCCGCCGCCUGAAGAUGACUGGAGCUCUCCUUGGGGCCCUGUAACGAAAAAGAAAGACAAGAAGGGUAAGAAGGGUACCAUCCUCGACGAGCCAGUCGUUGAGGAGCCAGCGCCUGCCGAGAUAAAGGAUGAUGAUUGGUCAUCGGGCUGGGAUAUCCCAAAGAAGGAUAAGAAGAAAAAGGGCAUGGUCUUUGAGCUAGAGCCGGAGCCAGAACCACAAACCGAUCCCGUGGAGCCAGAGCCUGAACCUGAGCCCGAGCCCGAGAAGCCAGACUUGGAAUUCCUGGAGAACCCUCUUUAUAAUAACUGGCAUACACUCUCGUCCAAAGACCGGAAGAAACGUGAGAAAUCACUGAUCAAAGCCGGACUUCCCAUCCCCGGCAAGGAUUUCGAUCUUCCUGAUCCGAAUGCUGAGCCCCUCAAGGAACCGGAGCCAGAGGAGCCAGAACCUGAGCCAGCUCCUGAGCCUGAGCCCGAGCCGAUAGCUGAACCGGUCAUUGAACCAGAGCCUGAGGUUGAACCGGAGCCCGCAAAGCCCGCCUUUGAAAUUCCAGAUACCCCUCUUUAUAAUAACUGGCAUACACUCUCGUCCAAAGACCGGAAGAAACGUGAAAAAUCUCUGAUCAAAGCCGGACUUCCCAUCCCCGGCAAGGAUUUUGAUCUUCCUGAUCCAAAUGCCGAGCCCCCCAAGGAGCCGGAGCCAGAACCUGAGCCAGCUCCUGAGCCUGAGCCCGAGCCCGAACCCGAACCGAUAGCUGAACCUGAACCUGAACCUGAACCUGAACCUGAACCUGAACCGGUUAUUGAACCAGAGCCCGAGGUUGAACCGGAGCCCGAAAAGCCUGCCUUUCAGAUUCCAGAUACUCCUCUAUAUAAUAACUGGCAUACACUCUCAUCUAAAGACCGGAAGAAACGUGAGAAAUCACUGGUCAAAGCCGGACUUCCCAUCCCCGGCAAGGACUUUGAUCUUCCUGAUCCGAAUGCCGAGCCCCCCAAGGUUCCGGAGCCAGAGCCAGAGCCAGUUCAAGAACCUGAUCCAAUCCCGGAAGUUGAACCUGAGCCUGAGCCCGAGCCCGAGCCCGAGCCGGUAGCUGAACCUGAACCCGAGCCUGAGCCUGAGCCUGAAGUCAAAGGCCCUGAGAUACCUGACAGUCCCCUCUAUAACAACUGGCACACACUCUCAUCUAAAGAUCGGAAGAAACGUGAAAAAUCAUUGAUAAAGAGUGGACUUCCGAUUCCUGGUAAAGAUUUUGAGCUUCCUGACCCCAAUGCUGAGCCCCCCAAAGCGCCGGAGCCAGAGCCAGAGCCAGAGCCACUUCAGGAACCAGAGCCAGCUCCUGAGCCUGAGCCUGAGCCUGAGCCACCAGCUGAACCUGAACCUGAACCAAUCCCGGAACCUGAGCCUGAGCCUGAGAUCAGAGCUCCUGAGAUACCAGACAGUCCUCUCUAUAAUAACUGGCACAAUCUGUCAUCCAAGGAUAGGAAGAAACGUGAGAAAUCAUUGAUUAAGAGCGGACUUCCUAUCCCGGGCAAAGAUUUCGACCUUCCUGAUCCGAAUGCUGAGCCACCUAAAGAGCCUGAGCCUGAGCCUGUGCCUGUGCCUGAGCCUGUUCAAGAAGAGCCGGCACCACCUCCAGCCCCAGAACUGGAGCCUGAACAAGAGCCUGCGCCCGAGCCUGUCCCUGAAGUGGUCCCAGAACAGACUUAUGAGGAGGAGAGCUGGGGAAUAUGGAACGCUCCGAAGGAAAAGAAGAAGAAGAAGAGCAAGAUCGCAGCUGAGCCUCCACCGCCCGCACCGACACCGCCCUCUCUGGGGUGGACUGCCGAGCCGGAGGGAUACGUACCUACAGACCAAGUCCCCGAACAGCCUCUCUGGGAUGACUACGACAGCAAGCCUUCGAAGAGCAAUAAGAAGGGUUACAAGGAAGAAGAGACACCUAAGAGUGGCAUGGGUUUCUGGGCCACCAUAGGUGCUGCAACUAUGGGCAAAUCCAAGACUACAAAGAAAAAGUCAUCAGAGAAGACUAAAGCCAUAGAGGCAGCACCAGAGCCCGAGCCUGAACCUGUACCAAGUCAUCCUGCAGAGGAUGAUUUACUCAUUGACGUUGACGACUCAAAGAUGCUCGAGGCGCCCGAAGCGCCAAUCCCGCCAGUUGUCGACGAACCACCCGCGCCAGCCGCGCCGCCAGCGAAGACGCCCGUUGUCACCUCGAAGACCAAGUCAUCGGCCCUAUUGUCCGUCUCAGAGCGAAUCAAAGUUUUGGAGCAAGGAAAGAAGGGGAAAUUAAAGGACAAGGUUGCCAAGAAAGAGCCUGCCCCACCCCCAGAAGAACUCCCUACUCCCCCGCAACCCGAGCCUGUCGAGUUCUUUGACCCCGAACCGGUUCAGUUUAAAAAGCCCUCGAGGGAUUUGGUUCCAGGCAGUUUCCCAGACGCAUUCGACGACGAGGAGGACUUUCACGAUAUACCCCCGCCACCUGCCCCGGAACCGCCUGCCCCAGAGCCGGAACCUCAGUUUGAGCCAGAACCUGAGCCUCAACAACCUGAGCCCGAGCCCGAGCCCGAGCCGGUGCCUUUGUCAAAGAAAUCAAAGAAGAAGGAGAAAAAGAAGGCGAAGGCUAUUGUACUUGAGCCUGUGCCUGAGCCCGUACCUGAACCAGUUCCUGAGCCUGUACUUGAACCACCGGCUCCUGAGCCCGUGCCUGAGCCGGUCCCUGAGCCUGUUGCAGAACCAGAGCCGGAACCCGAGCCAGCCCCCGCACCUAGUCCCAUCUCAAAAACUGAAAAGAAGAAGAAAAAGAAGAAGGUCGUUGAGCCAGAACCGGUUCCUGAGCCAGUGCAAAAACCAGAGCCUGCUCCUGAACCUGAACCUGUACCUGAGCUUGAGCCUGAGCCCGAGUUUGUUCCUGAUCCUGCUCCAGAGCCUCCGAUCGAGCAAGCACGGGAUAUAGAGCCGGUGAUCGACGAAGCACCUGCUCCCAAGCCUGAAAAGCUGAAGAAAAGGAGCAAAAAGGUAUCCAGUCGAGAAAAAGCACCCCCGGUCGUGGAACCAGCCCCUGCCGAUGCCGAUAUUGGCGAAGCAGCGGCAGAAGUUGAUGUAGGCGCGGGCGGCCCUCCUACGCCUCCACCAGAGCCUGCCGAGCCUGACCCAGAGAAGCCUUCCAGGAAGGAGCGUGUUCGUGUUGAGCGCACUCCUGGUUCAGCAUCUUGGGGAUUCUGGGCUGCCACGCCCCAAAAGCAGCCCAGCACUAGGGAACAUCGGCGUAGACGGGAACGUGAACGAGAACGAGAACAGUCACCCCCGCCUAUGGUCAGGUCGAGAUCGACCAGACAACCAAGAUCUAGGGAUCUUGAGAACGAGGGAGAGAAGUCGACCUCUGACAAGGACAAGCGCAAUAGCCGAGGUAUGACUCUUGCUGAUUUUGUCCUGGGCACGCCACCGCCGCCUAGUAGGACAAAAUCCAGUCGAAGACACGGAACACACGCGUCCAGGAAUACCUCAAGACGUCCAUCCGUGGGUAUGGAAGACGCCGGGUUCCCCAGUCCUCCACCGGACGAUAGCCGGGAUAUGCCGGAUAAAGCCGCCAGGAUGAUGGGCGUGAACGGCCCCUCCCGGAGAGAAAGAGAGAGACGGCAUGAAUCUCGUAGAAGAUCUCGCGCUCCUGACCCGUAUGCGGUUGAAGACGAGGACAUCGUCAUGGUAGACCGGGACGACAUUGAUGCCCCGAAGGAGGGCUCAAGGGGAUCGAGGCACUCCGAUAGACGUUCAAGGAGAAAGUCUCGGUCCAGACAAGAAGAGCAUUAUGAAGAUGCUGAAGUGUUUUCGGGCCCAGAAGGUAUUGCUUUCGUGGAAGCACCAAGAGAGCAACGCGUGGGACGAUCAAGUACUGCUCCCAAGAAACCAGAGUCCACUGGUCUCAUGGGCUUCAUCGGCUCUUUGCGGAAGAAUGCUCGUCCGGACCCUCCAGAGCGCCGAAAGUCCAGGUCUCAGCGUGAUGAUGAUGCUAGGUACAUGACAGAGCCAGAGCGAGAGGAACGGCGUGCAAGGCGCGAAGCUCGCAGGAGACGUGCCGAAAGAGAGGCUGAGCUUGACGGCUUUGUUACUGAAGGCGGUCCAGUGGGUGGGUUUCCGGAAACCGACAUGGACGAAGUUGAAGCUAGACGGGCAGCCCGUCGAGCAAAGCGAUCCUCCCGGCAGGCGCCGUCGGACCAACUCCGUGAGAGCGAGUGGCGCGAAGCCGAAGAAAGACGUGCUCGACGGAAGGAAAGAGAGAGAGCUCGUGAACGAGAGAUGCAGGAGAGAAUGCUCCGUGAAGAGGAAGAGAGGGAAGCAAGACGCCAGGAAGAGCGAAGGCUUCGUAGAGCAGCUCGUGAAGAGCGCCGUGCUCGAGAAGAAGCAGAGGCCCGCGAGGCAGAAGAGCAGGCCGAAGCCGAAGCCAGAGCAGCAGAACGGCGCGAACGCAGACGGCGGAGGGAGGCAGAGAUGCAAGAAGCCGCCGCGUAUGAGCCCCGGUCCAAACGUCGAUCCUCUCGUCAACCUGUCGAUGACAGAGCAGCCCGAGAAUUCUAUCUCGGCGGCUACGAUGGCGAGAGGGCUUACCGUCCGGAACGGUCUACAGAAGAGGGGGCGAGGCCCAAACGUCGCAAGUCCAGGGCUCCAGAACCGGAGCGUGCACCACCGAUGAUGUCCGGAGGACGCAAGGAUAAAACUUCGUCCUGGGUGCAUUCGCAAGCGAGCGACCCGCCUGAACCACCACCGGUCGUGGCCACCGUAUUGGACAUGCCACCUGGCCCAGGUGAGCAGGCCCAGGCGAACUCGGUCUCCUCGGACGAGGAGGCACGACGUGAGCUGCGGCGUCGGGCCCGACGACGAGCCAGAUAUCCUGGCAUGACGGAUCAGGAAAUCGACGAGUUGCGGGCGCGAAAGCGCGAGGCUAGACGGUCUGAGCGUAGUUCAGGCAGCGCAGAUUAUGAACGGGCCCGGGGCAUGAGGUCGUACGACGAUCGUUAUGCACCGCUAGUCAAUGGGCCCAGGAUGCCGAAUUGGUUCAAGAGACUGACCAAUUUGGGUUGAGCUGGUGGUUUGGAGCAUUGAUCUGAGGAUGUUUCUUUUCUUUACGAAUGGAAUGAUGAAUGACAUGAAGCGAUAUUUGCCAUUGAAGGGAUAUACAAUUUGGCUAUGA